UUCGGAUAAAAAUCCGAUUGUGAUCGUGAAUCAAACGGAACCAAUCAGAUUCCAUAUUUCAUGCAGGGUUAAGUCAAUAAGUAUUCGUAAAUUCCCGAAUGUUGGCAACAGGAAGUUCACUUGAAUAUCAUCUGAGCUGAUGUGGAAUCGACUUCGUGUAGAACACGAAAGAAAAAGAAUUAGGCGGAGAAAUAAUGGCCGAACUAGCUGUGGUUCGAGUUUCUCUAAAGUUAGUGUGGGGUUUAGUCGCCAAUCGGGUGAUCAACAGUCUUGAACACGGUGACUUCGCCGACGAAAAAAUUCGUCAACUUUUACUGAGUGAAUUUAGGAAAAUUCACGAAAGUUUAAAUGCCUUGAGAAGAAAAGAGCUAGUGGCAGCAACAGCUUUUAUGGAGAAUGGAUAUGAAUUACUUAAAGAGGAUGUCUCUGAAGCAAGAAAGGAGUUCAACAAGGCAAGGGAUGCAGCACAAGUUGCUUUUGGCGUCGUUCAAGAUUACCAAGAUAAAGUUUUAGCAACAAAGAUCAUGGUUGCUUCAGCUUUGCAUGAAUUUGAAGAAAAGCCGGAUACCGCAGCUUCAUUGUGCAUGAAAUAUGUGUCACGGCUAAAUUCAUUACCGGAGGUCGAGAAAGCCUGUGCGAUACUUCUUGGUCAGAAAUUUGGAGGAAAACUUCGGGCCUUGGCAAGCUCUGGGAGUCGAGAAGACUUUAUCGGUGCUGUAUCAGAAAUCAAUAGGUGCGUGUUUGAGUUUGUGACUGGUAGGGGCGGAGCCUCGCAGGAAGGGAGUUGGCCCUUGAUACAGUGUGGUAGCGAGAAGCUCAAUCCUAUUGGUGAAUGUAUCCUUCUGCGUCGACACACUGCAAUUUGUUCUUUAGCUCCUAAUGACGGCUCCCCUAUUGCUAUGGCAACAGCACAGAAUAAAUUAUUCAUUUUAGUAUCACCAGCUACUGAUUUUGCUAACGACCCAUUGAUGGCGAAUGCUGUGAAAGUAUUUGACCUGGAGACAAGGAUGUUCAGCAAUAUGCAUGGGCAUACUGGCUAUGUGCUGUCAAUCAUUGCCCUUGGCAACCAUCAAGUAGCAACAGGGUCUAUGGAUAAGCAGGUCAUGAUAUGGGAUGCUGCGACUCUCAAGUGCUUGCAUAUCUUAUCAGGACAUGAGGGUUCUAUCAGAGCCCUUGGUGCAAACACUGCUAACCUAUUCUCUGCUUCAGCAGACUGUACCAUCAGGGUGUGGAAGAGGGACUCAUUUGAACUAAUGCACACAUUAGAACAGAAGUCCCCCAUCUCAUCCCUCUGCGUCUCUAAUAGACACUUGUUUGCUUAUGGAGUGAGUGAGGGGGUGCAAUACUGGGACCUCAAGAAGUGGGAGAAAGUUCACCAGAUUGCUAUCUAUGGCUCAAUUAACUACAUGCACAUUGUCAGGAACUUCCUGGUGGUCCACUGCAGCAAUGAACUCCGCAUUGUGAACCUUGGAAAUUUACUGGAAUGUUGCAAACUUUCCAAGACAGGCACUAUGUCUGCAGCCCUACAUAACAGCAUUUGCUGUGGUUCUGAGGAAAGUCUCAUGCUUAUGCAUCUGCCAUUACAGAAGUGCAUUGGUAAAAAGGAUUUGGGCUCUGAGCAGAGACCAUUUAGGGUGCGAUGUCUAGAGUAUGAUUCCAAAACUGGUUACUUGUAUGUCGCAGGAGCAGAAACUUUGCCACACAAGCAGGAAACUAUUCUCAGACUGUGAUAUAUCUGUAUAUGUUUAUUAUGGCAUUGAGUAACCUUAAAAGAUAAUAAGAUUAAUGUCUCUGUUUCAAAAGUUUUUAUUUACCAAAUUUAAUGUAAUGUUAAAAAGGCAAUGUAAAAAUGGGUAUCUACUAAGAAAAACAAUAACAAGACAAGGUUUUCAUUUAAAAAAAAGGUGAACGUUGCAUGGAAUGAUCGUCAUUAAAGUAUAGAAUAAUGUAGAGUUUUGUGAAAAACAUGCAUAACCAUUA